AUGGGCAAGAGUGAGAAGAAGGACAAAAAGUCGGAAAAGAUUAUUGACAAGAAGGAAAAGAAGGAGAAAAAGGAAAAGAAAGAAAAGCUGGACAAGCAAAGCAAAAAAUCAAAAAAAGAACGCAAAGACAAAGACAAGUCUAGCAAAAAAGACAAGAAAGAGCGCAAAGAUAAAGACAAAUCUAGCAAAAAAGACAAGAAACGAAAGCACUCAGAGAGCGACAGUGAAGAAGAAUUUGUUAUUCACAAGAAAAAUAAGAUUGCAGAUCCAGUUGUUGAAUCAAAGCCUCAAGCAGCCACUGAAGCUUCUACAGGCUGGAACGAUUGGAAUAAAGCUUCUUUUGAUGGUGAUGAUGCCAAAAAGAGCAAAUUCUUGCGAUUAUUAGGCGCAAAGAAGAGCACACCAGCAACAGGCACCCAAGCAUUUGUACCUGCUUCUGGCAAAAAGUCUGGUGGUCUUUACGGUGGACUCAAGAGUGCAAUUGACGAAGAUGAAAAGCAACGCAUUUCCAACGAUUUGGAGAAGCAGUUUGAUCAUGGUUUACAGUUCAGAAAGCAAAUGCAAAUGGGCCGUCGUGGUGGAUUAGGCUUCAAUUAG